CAGAGUCAGCUCCCCUGAGCUGUGGGUCCAGUGUGGGACCUCGCAGCACACCCUCUCCAUCCCAUCUCCAGCUGGUGGGAUCAAGUCCUCCAGUGCCCCCCUUGGGCACCCACCACCUCCCACAGAAGCCCCAGGACCGCCUCCCUUGGCCAACAGGUGCCAGCUUGUUGCCCAUGGCCUGCCCUCCCCCAUGUCCUCAAACUCUGUCUUAUCCUUAACCCAUCUGCAGGCAGGAGCCGCCUCGGGCACUGCUGGUGAGACACCUUCCCAAAGGGCUGCAGGGCCAUGCCAGUCUUGGAGCAGGGACACCAGCACCAACCAGCAGACCAGAGCACCCCUUGACUCGACCUGUCAGACCAUUCAGAGGCAGUAAACAGUGACAUCGGGACAGUUAGAUACUGUGAUGGCCUGACACAGCACCCUGCUCUGCAGAGCUUCCCCUUGCUUCCCAGAGGAACUAGGCUCUUCAGUGGAGCUCAUGUCCUGCAGUUUUGGAUACUCCAGGAAGCCAUAGCCCUCACCCAGUUUUCUGUGCUCCCACAGAGCUCAGUUGUGCACCCUCUGCACCCUCCCAUCUGCAAGUCACCUGCAGCUUUGAGACCUGACCUGCAGAGGAAUCCUGGGCCACCACUGGACAAGAACAUUUCCCACCCUCCUGGUUCCACCCCCUGGCAUCCUGCAGUCAGUUCCCAAAACUGGGGCUCUCCUUUGGACACAGCUCUUAUGCCCAGCAGGACUUGGAGGGCUGCAAGCGUCAAACAGCAGCAAAGCCAAACUGGUGGUGUAUUGAGAGCUGCUCCUCCUCCUCUUUCUCCUCCUCCUUGUGCGGUCUCACCAUCAGGCAAAAGCAGCUUCCUGGUGUUGCACAGAGUUCCUCACCAGCCUUUAGGAAAGAGCUUCUGGUUUCAAGGGAGGGAGCCUCAGACAGACUUGUCCAGAACACUUCGGGUGGUCUUUAACAAGGAGGUGAGCACACAGGAAAGCAUCCACUAAUGGAAGAUGAUGCAUCUGGAGGGGAGAGAUGCUGUGGUGAAGCACCUUCGAGCAAAGUUCCAACAGAACAGGAAAGAACCUCCUGAAGAGGGUGGCUGGCCAGAGAGUCGCCCUGCAGCCUCUCAUGGACCAGAACCAAGACAGACCCCUGCCAAGGGUGAUCCUCCUCAGGAGCCUCUGUGGAGCAGGAGGGUGGGCUUCUGCAAGGCCUCUCCAUCUCACAGUAUGGGUCAGAGUUUGGGACAGCCUUCAUCUCAUUCUGCCUGUGAGAGCCUGGCACAAACGGUGUGUCGGAAGCAGGGAAUGGCUCAAGAUGCCAACUUCCAGCCAGUGCCUGCAAAGCCAGGAGGAGAUGUGUUGAACAAGAAGGUGGAAGCCAGCUCUGAUCCUCCCCGCAGGAAGCCAGCCCAGCAGACAUGGCCACCUGACAAAGACAAGGGGGCUCCAGCAGUUGUUGCCAAAGGCACAGCUGUUGCAGCCCCUCUGCUCCCUGUGGGAAGCCCCCAAAGGACAGAGUGGGUGCCUCAGAGGAAGCCUUUGCCACAUGUCAGGGAACUGGGAGUGAAGCCAAGCAAGCCCCGACGCCCUCCUGAUGUGGAUUUGGCAAAGUUCAGAGCAGCUGCACAUCCUGGGACAUCCAUCCAUCCUGCCACAGAACCACCAAGGAGUGCUCAGCUGGGUCAUCUGCAAUCAGGCUAUGCUGCAUCAGUGCCCACAAGGUUCCCACCGCAGGAUGCUCCGAGUGGCAUAGGGGAUGAAGAUGAGAUAUACGAUGAUGUUGAACCUGUUGGGCUUGCCAGGAGAAGCCCAGGCCUCCUUCUGCCUUCUGUGUCCCCACUGCCAGUAUAUCCUUGCCCCAGAGGAGGUGGAAAUGCUGGCCAAGCCUCUAACUGGGUUACCUUGCUGGCAGCUACACAGAGAGAACCCCAGGUCUCUCAGAAGAUGAAGACCAUGACACUCAAGACAUGCAAGAAGGAAGAGAAGAUGGACAGGGAGUUUCAGAAGAAAUUUAAGUUCGAAGGCACCAUCAGUGUCCUGACCCAGAUGAUGGUUGACCCUGCAGCAACAGAGAAGAGGGGUGGUCCAAAGAACCUGCCACUGAGACGGGGAGAAAUCCUUGAUGUCAUUCAGUUUACAAAUCAGAAGCAAAUCCUCUGCCGGAACAGCCAGAGGAGGUAUGGCUACGUGCCCCGGGCUGUGAUGCUGCCUCUGGACACUGACAUCUAUGAUGACGUUGAGAUUUAUGGCUGAGCCAACCAUGCUAAGGCCAAAGGCACAAGACAGCACCAGAGAGCCCCAAGGGCUGAAACAUGAACAGCACCAGACACCAGGCUCCUUUUGUGAAGGUGCUCUGCCUCCUCUGAGACAGACUGCAAAGCCACCGUGUCCCUGCCAGAGCAGUGCUAUGGCUGCUCAGCACAUGGAGCUGCACAGAUCCUGUCCCACGGGGCAGAUGGCCCCAGAUCCUCAAGUCACACCAUCACUGUAGCUCUGUUUUGUCCAUGUAAAAUAUAGCAGUGGUUCAAGAGGG